GUCGCCGCCCCCGUCCCCGCGGGGCUGAGGCUGGGAGGCCCCGCCCCCCGCCCACGAGGAAGUGGCUGCGGCGCCGCGCGGGGCCCAGAGCCGGUUCGGCGCGUCGACUGCCCAGAGUCCGCGGCCGGGGCGCCCCGAGCACAGGAAUUGAGCGGCCAUGGCCUACCACAGCUUCCUGGUGGAACCCAUCAGCUGCCACGCCUGGAACAAGGACCGCACCCCCUUCUCUCCUGCAGAGAUUGCCAUCUGCCCCAACAACCACGAGGUGCACAUCUAUGAGAAGAGCGGGGCCAAGUGGGUCAAGGUGCAUGAGCUCAAGGAGCACAAUGGGCAGGUGACAGGCAUCGAUUGGGCCCCCGAGAGUAACCGAAUCGUGACCUGUGGCACAGACCGCAAUGCCUACGUGUGGACGCUCAAGGGCCGCACGUGGAAACCCACCCUCGUCAUCCUGAGGAUCAACCGGGCUGCUCGCUGUGUGCGCUGGGCCCCCCAGGAGAACAAGUUCGCUGUGGGUAGUGGCUCCCGUGUCAUCUCCAUCUGCUAUUUUGAGCAGGAAAAUGACUGGUGGGUGUGCAAGCACAUCAAGAAGCCCAUUCGUUCCACUGUCCUCAGCCUGGACUGGCACCCCAACAACGUGCUCCUGGCCGCAGGCUCCUGUGACUUCAAGUGCAGGAUCUUCUCGGCCUACAUCAAGGAGGUGGAGGAGCGGCCAGCACCCACCCCAUGGGGCUCCAAGAUGCCCUUCGGGGAGCUGAUGUUUGAGUCUAGCAGUAGUUGUGGCUGGGUGCACGGCGUCUGCUUUUCGGCCAGUGGCAGCCGCAUGGCCUGGGUCAGCCAUGACAGCACCGUGUGCCUGGCUGAUGCCGACAAGAAAAUGGCUGUCGCGACUCUGGCCUCUGAAACGCUGCCGCUGCUGGCCCUGACCUUCAUCACCGACAACAGUCUGGUGGCAGCGGGCCACGACUGUUUCCCGGUGCUGUUUACCUAUGAUGGCACCACAGGGACGCUGAGCUUCGGCGGGCGGCUGGAUGUGCCCAAGCAGAGCUCGCAGCGCGGCCUGACGGCCCGAGAGCGCUUCCAGAACCUGGACAAGAAGGCGAGCUCGGAGGGCAGUGUGGCCUCGGGCGCUGGCCUGGACUCGCUGCAUAAGAACAGUGUGAGCCAGAUCUCGGUGCUCAGCGGGGGGAAGGCCAAGUGCUCCCAGUUCUGCACCACAGGAAUGGAUGGCGGCAUGAGCAUCUGGGACGUGAAGAGCUUGGAAUCAGCCUUGAAGGACCUCAAGAUCAAAUGACCCAUGAGGCAUAGGUGUCCCUCAUCCCAGCUGCUGGGGGAGGGGGUCAGGGAGGCUAAGGAUUGCUUUGCUGAAUGUCUGUAGGGUAGCAGUCUGGGUCCCCCGGGGACUGCUCCAGCCGGGGGGUGGGGGGGAGGGGAAGCUUUUCUGACCUACUGAAGGAACAGGUGCCUUUUUCUUACAAAGAGCUGCUUUCAUUUGUUAAAAACAAGUUCUCAAAGCACUGUGCUGGUCAUGAGCUGCAACAACGUGGGUGUAAUAAAAAAGCAAUCUUAGA